GUUUGUCACUGCGCGAUGAAGGCAGAAACGAUUGAAAAUUUGGUGGUAAAGGAUUUGUUUGACGACGCAGAAGAUUCAGAAGACUCUUUCCAAAAAGAAGGACCCACAAGAUGUAUUUUCCUAUGCGAAUUUCAUCCUACAGUAGGGCCAAAAAUCACCUGUCAGUAUCCAGACAAUUACAUUUCCAAAGAAUUAUUUGAUAGUGUCAGUGUGUAUAUAAUCACUAAAGCGGAAUUAUUAAGAAGUACAAUUACUGUGACUCUCUCAGAUCAUAAAAUUUUGGGAUUUCCAGUUAGAAUAGAUGAUAAGAAGUAUGCAAGAAAUGCUUAUCACUUUAACUUAUGUUUUGUCUGUGAUAGUUCUUCAAGAACAGUUCAUUAUGAGCCUGUGGUGAUGAAAUUGUCUGACUAUUUAGUAGCAAUGGAAAUUGAAAGCAAUUUUUUAUCAGAAGGCUCCAGUUCAACUAAGUUAACUCCUAUUUUAAAACAGGUUUUGGAAGACCUAAAUAAUAAAGGUGAAUGUGCAUUAACUGAGGGCCCUACUGCCACUCAUUUAAAAGUUGUAAAACUUAGGUCAAAUCCCACUCCAGUUGCAGACCACCAGGUCCCCAUAUUCAUAAAAUCAUUGCCUACACAGCAGUGGGACUUAACCACCCAACAGGUUGCCCCUUUUAUAGAUGGCUUUAAUCAUAUUGCCCGAAUUGCAUCAUUAGCUGAUGUAGAAAAUAAUUUAGUCAAAGCCUGUGUACAAAAUCUUGUAUACUAUGGAGCUGUAGCUCUCAUUCCACUUUUUCAGUAUGGAAAUGUUUAUUGUACUGCACCAAAAUUGAAGAUGCUCACUCAAGAUGUAAAUUUGCAGAAUAGAUGUCUAAAUUUUGUUGCAAGAACAUACAGACAGUUACCAAAUUUAAAAGAUGUAUUUCGUAUGUAUGCUGCAAUGACCAGAGGGACCACCAUAAAAGAUUUGUGUAUAAGAUUUAAUCCAGCUUCGCUUAAAAUAAAUGAGCGCAAGUUAGUACAAUUUGGAGUAUUAGAAGGUUUAAUUCGUAGAGUUCACAAGUAUCCCGUUUAUCUAGGGGAAUCCCUUGAACUACAAAAGUCUAUGUCUGGAGUUUCUAGCAUGGAUGAAGUGUGUUGUUUUGCUGGUAUUACUGCACAACAGCUAGAAGAUCAAGUAGAACGUGAUCAUAAUGUUGUUCUGUUAUGGAAAUAAUAAUUACAAUAAUAUUUUGUUUAAUGAUAAGUGGCUCGUGUAUUCGAAUUAAAUUAAUUUAU